AGUUUCUUUUUUGAACAGCAAACGGAGGGAACUGCUCGCAUUGCUGCUGCUGCUGCUGCCGCUGCUGCUGCUCCAGCUGCGUGUGUGUGUGUGUAAACAGGAUGGUGUAUCUGUAGCUGCCACGCGCAAACACACAUUUGACCAUGAGGACUCUUCGCAGGUUGAAGUUCAUGAGUUCGCCCAGCCUCAGUGAUCUGGGCAAGAGAGAGCAGGCAGCCUUGGAUGAGCGGGGGACCCAGCAGCGACGGGCCUGCUCCAACGCUACCUGGAACAGUAUCCACAAUGGAGUAAUAGCGGUGUUCCAGCGUAAGGGUCUCCCGGACCAUGAACUUUACAACCUCAAUGAAGGAGUCAGGCAAUUAUUGAAAACAGAACUGGGAUCCUUUUUCACUGAGUAUCUACAG